AUGCGGACAGUGUACAAGGACCACGAGCGCUUCGAGCAGACCUACUUCAGCGCUUUCAAGGGUUACUACUUCACGGGCGAUGGGUGCCGCCGCGACGAGCAGGGUUACUACUGGAUCACCGGCCGCGUGGAUGACGUCAUGAACGUCAGUGGCCACAGGAUUGGGACGGCCGAGGUUGAGAGCGCCCUGACCAGCCUGGACCAGUGCACUGAGGCCGCAGUCAUCAGCGUGCCCCACGACGUCAAGGGCGAGAGCGUGUACGCCUUUGUGACGCUCAUGGACGGCGUGCCCUCGGACGACGCCAUGAAGAAGGCGCUGUCGGCGGCCGUGCGGUCCCAGAUCGGGUCCUUUGCCGUGCCCGACACGAUUCACUGGGCCCCGGGGCUGCCCAAGACCCGCAGCGGGAAGAUCAUGAGGCGGAUCCUGAGGAAGAUCGCCAUGGGGCGCUUCGAAGAGCUUGGAGACAUCUCUGCGCUGGCAGAGCCGCAGGUGGUGGAUGUGCUGAUCAAGCUCAGGGGCGCGUAA